GGCCAGAGCAUAUUAAACGUUAUAUGUGUCCGAAGAGAGUGUGAAAAAAGAGAAAGAGGCUCUUUUUUUUUUUUUUUUCUCUCUCUUUUGAUACGGUGUGGUUGUGCCCAUUGUCCUGUUUCGGUUUCUGUUUCCUUUCAGAGAAGAAUCAAAUCAAUUCUUCACCGUCCGUAUAUUUCAUUCAAUUCACUUUCUUCGGUUUUUCUAUUUUUUUCCCAAAAAAAAAAAUCAAAACUUUGCUUUAAACGUGUAACCCCACCCUGAGAUUUCGCCCCCAGAAUCUUGAUCCCUUUAUCCAGAAACGGCCUUGUUGGUUUUUUUCUCAUUGGGGUUGUUGUCGUUGUUGUUCAUUGUUUGGGGAAAAUGGCGUCGAGUAUAGGCAUAAUGGAUAGUGCGUACUUUGUCGGCAGAAAUGAGAUUCUGAAUUGGAUCAACAAUCGCCUUCAACUUAAUCUCACUCGCAUUGAGGAGGCUGCAUCUGGUGCUGUGCAGUGCCAGAUGAUGGACAUGACAUAUCCAGGGGUUGUUCCAAUGCACAAGGUGAAUUUUGAUGCAAAGACAGAGUAUGAUAUGAUCCAGAAUUACAAAGUUCUACAGGAUGUGUUCAACAAGCUCAAAAUUGAAAAGCAUAUUGAAGUUGGCAGGCUUGUUAAAGGCAGACCUUUGGACAACUUGGAGUUCCUACAAUGGCUGAAACGUUACUGUGAUUCUAUAAAUGGAGGCAUUAUGAAUGAGAACUACAAUCCUGUGGAGCGUAGGGGUAAGGGUGCAAAGGACAGAAAUGUUAAGACUCUAAAGAGUGCAAAAUCCCUUCAAACAAAUACUAUGAAUCAUCCCAGUUCAGGCGACUCAUUCAGGUCCAAGCAAUCAAGGUCAAGUGGAGGAGCUGAUGGGGCUUCAGCAGAGAUUCAGGCUUUGUCCAAGCAGGUUUCUGAUCUCAAACUCUCAGUGGAUCACUUGGAAAAAGAAAGAGACUUUUACUUUGCUAAACUAAGGGAUAUAGAAAUUCUUUGUCAGGCUACAGAACUGGAGAACGAUCCUAUGUCUUUAGCUAUUAAGAAGAUUUUGUAUGCUGCUGAUGCAAAAGGAUCAGCGUUAGAUGAAGCUCAGGAAUACCUUAAUGAAGUCAUUAAUAAUGUUGAACCUGAAGAAGAAGCAGAUGCAGAAGCAGAAACUGAAGCUUGAUUACUCUUACAAAUAGAUCCUGGCUGGUAUGCAUAAGAUCAAGAUAUUUGCCUGGUCCUUGUUAAACAAGCAUAGUGCCAUCUGUGAUGACUAAGACUGGUAAUCCUUCCCCAUGCCAUGGCCAUGAAUUGCCAUAAUGACAUAGUUUUAGUUGAAUGGUCCUUUUGUUUUAUUCUUGUAAGCCUGGAUGGAUAAUCAGUUACUCUGGUUAAUGAUUCCAAUAAAUAAAGAUCAUCUAUUCAAAAGGAAGGAACUUUUCUAAUGAUAUUUGUUUUGAAAUGGAUGUGUUGAACCCUUGAUA